UAAAAUAUCUUGGAGACGCCACGUUAGUUUGAGAUUGGAACAGUCAACGUAGAAAACGAAACACAAGGAAAAACUGUUUUCAAGUCUAAACUCGUUAUCUACCAAAUUUAACCUUCGCGUGUACCGCCGACUCCCUUUGUUUACAUCUCUGCUAGUGCAGUGGUACUGAGUGCACAAACCUGAAGCGAGGAGGAAAAAAAUGCUGGGAUAGCAGCAAAAACAACGGAUAUCUAUGCUGCGAGCUAGCUACUACACUAGUAGUUGAUCGUUAGCUCUAUAACAGUCACCAUGGGCGCGUUCUUUCGGAGCGAGGAGGUUUGUCUCGUUCAGCUGUUCCUCCAGUCGGGCUCUGCCUACAACUGCGUCAGUGAGCUCGGAGAGUUGGGACUGGUCGAAUUCCGAGACUUGAACCCCAAUGUCAACUCGUUCCAGAGGAAGUUUGUGAAUGAGGUGCGGCGAUGUGAGGAGAUGGAGAAGACCUUCACCUACCUGGAGAUGGAGAUAGCCCGUUCCCUGUCCCCGCCCCUGACCGGUCCGCUGCCCAGCCCUGUACCAUAUGCCCCCCAGCCACGAGAACUCAUGGCCAUCGAGGAGGAGAGCGAGAGGUUGGCCAGGGACCUACGAGAGGUGUCCAGGAACAGAGACAACUUAAGGAAUCAGCUGACCCAGCUCAGUCAAUACAGAGGGGUUCUGAUCCAGACACACCCCCUCACUGUCUCACAGGUUCCCCGGUCCUCUCUGGAGACUGUAGCCUUGCUGGACAGCCGACAAGACAUCAGGUUGAGUUUUGUGGCAGGCGUAGUCCACCCGUGGAAGGUUCCGUCGUUUGAGCGGUUGCUAUGGCGAGCGUGCCGCGGUUACAUCAUCGUCGACUUCCGGGAGAUGGAGGAGAGACUGGAGCUACCUGAUACGGGCGAGGUGAUACAGUGGACAGUCUUCCUCAUCUCUUACUGGGGCGAGCAGAUUGGACAGAAAGUCAAGAAGAUCUGUGAUUGCUUUCACACCCGCACCUUUGUUUACCCAGAAGGAGCGAUGGAGAGAGAAGACAUUCUGGACCGGCUGCAGGGAAGAAUACUGGAACUCAAAACAGUCCUCUCCCAGACGGAGGACUAUCUCCAGCAGCUGGUGUAUCGCUCAGUGGCAGCCCUCCCACAGUGGAAGGUCAGCGUCCAGAAGUGCAAGGCCGUCCAGGCCGUGCUCAACCAAUGCAGCCCGUCCGUCACCGACAAGUGUCUGAUCGCCGAGGCCUGGUGUCCCGUCCGGAAGCUACUGCUCCUGCAGAGCGCUCUGAUAGAGGGAUCGAGGAAGAAUGGUAGCGGCCUGGACUCAUUCUAUAACCGCCUCCCGGACACCAGCGCUCCACCGCCCACCCUCUUCCACACCAACUCCUUCACAUCCGGCUUCCAGAGCAUCGUAGACGCAUACGGGGUGGCCAGCUACAGAGAGGUCAACCCAGCGCUGUACACCAUCAUCACCUUCCCUUUCCUGUUUGCCGUGAUGUUCGGGGACGUGGGUCAUGGCCUCCUCAUGACAACGGCCGCCCUGUGGAUGGUACUGCAGGAACGUGACCCCAAGCUACGGGCCAGCGAUAACGAGAUCUUUCAGAUGAUGUUCGGCGGUCGGUACCUGAUCCUGUUGAUGGGUCUGUUCUCGGUCUAUACGGGAGCAGUCUAUAACGAGUGUUUCAGUAAAGGCCUGAGCCCCUUCCCCUCGGGCUGGCACAUACAACCUAUGUUCCAGCAUUACAACUGGAGUGAUGAGACUCUAAAGGGGAACCGGUAUCUAACUCUGGAUCCCAACGUGACCGGAGUGUUCCUGGGACCGUACCCGUUUGGCAUCGACCCGAUCUGGCGGCUAGCCAACAACCAUCUGACGUUCCUGAACUCCUACAAGAUGAAGAUGUCCGUCAUCAUUGGGGUCAUCCACAUGACCUUCGGAGUUUGCCUGUCAUUCUUCAACUACAUUCACUUCAACCAGCUGAGCAGUGUGUUUCUGGUACUAAUCCCGGAGCUGCUGUUCCUGCUGUGUCUCUUCGGCUACCUGGUCUUCAUGGUGGUGUACAAGUGGCUGGUGUUCGGCCCACGGGUCUCGGACCGGGCUCCCAGCAUCCUCAUCCACUUCAUAGACAUGUUCCUCUUCGCCGAGAACAAGGACAACCCGCCUCUCUACAAUGGACAGAUGAUAGUCCAGAAGGUUCUGGUGGUUGUAGCUCUUGCCUCAGUGCCUGUCCUGUUACUAGGGAAACCACUCUAUCUCUACUACAACCACAGAAGAAGAGCUAGCAUCAGAGUGGGAGAAGCUCGCCAGGGAGAGGAGCGCCCUCUGGUGUCAGAAACCAGCUCCAUCAACACACUACAAAGCGACGUUGAGGGAGGAGGAGCGGUAGAGGCAGAGGACUUCGAUACGGCGGAUGUGUUCAUGCACCAGGCGAUACACACCAUAGAAUAUUGCCUGGGCUGCAUCUCCAACACGGCCUCCUACCUACGACUGUGGGCCCUCAGCCUCGCGCACGCACAGUUGUCCGAGGUGCUGUGGGUGAUGGUGAUGCGCGUGUCGCUGUCGUGGCAGGGCUACGUGGGUAGCGUAGUUCUCGUCGUAGUCUUCUCCUUCUUCGCCACGCUCACUGUCUCCAUCCUGCUCAUCAUGGAGGGGCUGUCGGCCUUCCUGCACGCGCUCAGACUGCACUGGGUGGAGUUCCAGAAUAAGUUCUACAGUGGAGCAGGGUACAAGCUCCACCCAUUCUCCUUCUCCACAAUCCUGAACCCACAGUAGACUGGGGUUUCAACACAGACAAACCUGGACCUCUACAAGCUAGUUUUUUUUACUUGAGUUUUUGUUUUCUACCCUGGACAUUGUUACAUGGGAAAUACCAUAUUAGGGUGUGUCUGAAAUGCCAUCCUAUUCCAAGGCACCAUGGAAUGGGUUGACAUUUGGGACAUAAUGCUAAUAUCAGCUUGCAAGUUGUUUUAGACUUAAUCUUUUUUACUUGAAUUUUAUCUUGAAUUUUUGAAAUGGGGGAUCUAAUGUAGAGUUCGCAUUUUGGUUGUUGUUUUGCUUGGGAGGGGGCUGGACUUUUAAUAAGCACUACAGCAGAGAUGGCUACUUCUGAAAAGUACAUUUCCCAGGGACCACUGCUAUAUGUUAUAACCACUAAUGAAUGAAUGCCAUUAAACAGUUGUUUUAUAAUUCCUAAAA